AUGGAAUCUCGAGCACAUAACUAUGCAAUUAAAUCUUCUCCAACAGCAAACGAUCAUACAAGUACAAAAAGAUGUACAACCGGUAUGCUUAUCUUUGUUGGAAUUUGUUUACUGCUUAUUAUUCUUGGACUUGGACUUGGACUCGGCCUUCGAUUAGGUCUUAGAUCGUCAAGUUCUAUAUCAACUUGUGACACUGCUACUGCUAAGUGUGGGUGUCCAUCAAUUUCGCCAAAUAUCACCUCUCGCAUUGUUAACGGAAAUAUCGCUACAUCGAACAGUUGGCCAUGGAUGGUAGCGAUUUAUAUGAGUAACGGCAGACUUUGUGGCGGUACACUCGUGACAUACGAACAUGUUCUUACAGCAGCACACUGUGUAAGUGAUGUAACAAGUAUUGAUGUUGUUGUUUACGCAGGCAUUCAAAAGCUGUCAGAACGGUUCAACGGACAAGUACGGAAUGUUUCUGUCAUAACCGUCCAUUCAGAAUAUUCUGAUACUAACAAGACGAAUGAUUUGGCUAUACUUAAGUUAUCUUCGCCAAUUAUUCCAAGUGCAACAACAAGUCUAUGCUGUUUACCUACAAUGAGUUCCAAACCUUCAAUAGGAGACACGGCUAUUUAUAUCGGUUGGGGUAGAACAUCACCUUCUUCGGGCUUUUCUGAUGAACUUCGACAAUCAGUCACACGCGUAGUUGAUUCGUCACUCUGUUAUUAUGCUCCGAUAACAGAUAACCAAAUAUGUACUGGAAAUACUACUAGUAUCGCAUGUUACGGCGAAAGUGGUAGUCCAUUGAUGAUAAAUAUCAACAAUGCAUGGGCAUGUGUUGGAGUAGUAAACAUGGGAUUGUUAACUUGUGAUUCUUAUGUAGUUUUCACUCGAGUAGCUCAUUAUACUUCGUUUAUUUCAAAUGCCACAUCUACAUAG